AUGACAGCCAACGGUGCUACCGUUACCAACGGCCACCCUUCCAAGCGGAAGGGCAACCGAGCAAAAGAGAUUGUAGAUGCAGCUUAUGCUGGCAAGUACGCGAUCGCGGCCGUGUGUUGCUACAACCUGGAAGCGGUGCUGGCUACUGUCCGGGCUGCCGAGACCAAGCGGUCGCCAGCCUUAAUCCAACUCUUUCCUUGGUCCAUCGAAUUUGCCGACGGCCUGCUUUUACACGCUGCCGCAGAGGCCGCCGACAAGGCUUCAGUACCGAUCGGAGUGCACAUGGACCAUGCACAGUCGCCAGACAUCAUCCGCCGCUCGGCCGAUCUGGGUGGGUACGACGGAAUCAUGGUCGACAUGAGCCACUACGACAAGGAAGAAAACUUGAAAUUGAGCAAGGAGCUGGUUGCAUACUGCAAUGCUCGUGGUAUCAUCACGGAGUGCGAACCUGGUCGUAUCAAUGGCGCCGAAGACGGCAUUCAGGAUACGGAGGGCAUGGAGGAGAUCUUGACGACACCGGAACAGGCAGAAGAAUUCGUUGCCUUGGGUAUCGAUUGGCUAGCCCCGGCAUUUGGCAACAUCCAUGGACCAUACGGUCCCAAGGGUCCUCAGCUUGACUUUCCCCGGCUUGAGCGCAUCCACAAACAGGUCGGGGACCGGGUCCGGCUGGUAUUACACGGUGCACACGAAGAUUAUUUCAAAGAGGAGCUGCUGAAGAAGUGUAUCAGUUAUGGCAUGUGCAAGGUCAACGUGAACGGUCCAGUGGCUGCGGCGUGGACCAAGGUACAGGGCGAGCUGACGGGAAAGGUGCCUUUGACGACGGUCAUCGAGGAACAGGUCAAAGCUAUGCAGGCGGUGGUGGAAUACCACAUGGACUGGUUGAUGUCUACAAACAAGGCAUAG